CUCCCCGCCGGUAGCGCCUCUCGGGUAGCACUUCCGGGUGGAAGAGCGUGACCUCUGCCCUCGUGACGUUGUUCUCUCUUUUCCGGUGCUGGCUGCCGCCUGCAGAGACGUUCGAAAAUGGCUCCUUCUCGUAAGGGUAAGGAAAAGAAGGAAGAGCAGGUUAUAAGUUUGGGACCACAGGUUGCUGAAGGAGAAAAUGUGUUUGGAGUUUGCCACAUCUUUGCUUCCUUCAAUGAUACAUUUGUCCAUGUAACUGACCUGUCUGGCAAGGAAACUAUCUGCCGAGUAACUGGUGGCAUGAAAGUGAAGGCCGACAGAGAUGAGUCUUCUCCUUAUGCUGCUAUGCUGGCUGCUCAAGACGUAGCACAAAGAUGCAAGGAACUGGGAAUCACUGCCCUUCAUAUCAAACUGCGGGCUACAGGUGGAAAUAGAACAAAAACUCCUGGACCUGGAGCUCAGUCAGCUCUCCGGGCUCUGGCUCGGUCUGGCAUGAAGAUUGGGCGCAUUGAGGAUGUUACCCCCAUUCCUUCAGACAGCACUCGCAGAAAGGGUGGUCGCCGUGGUCGUCGUCUGUAAAAUAGGGGCUGUUGUAUAUCAUCAUUAAAGCUUUCCAAUAAAUCUCUGUUCU